CCUGCGGCCGCGCUUUACGGUAGAGGUGCAGCACAUGUGUUGGAGGUUGUCAGGUUGUCGGAGCAUGGCGUACCCCCUCUUCUUGAAGCUCUGUGUCUUUACUCGGCAGCAUCGGGGGAAGCUUCUCGGGGCGUCUUCUCUUGGACUUUUGGCCUUGAACGUCUCCUACCACGCGUUCCCGGAGCAGACCUUCAGGAGGUUGUAUCAGGGCUGGUCAAAGGGCGAGCCGGCGGCGCUCUCCGACAAGCUGCGCGCCCUGUUCCAGGACGUCCUGGACGACACCCGCUUGGCCUCCACCGGUUUCUCUCCCUUUGCUGCUUAUGGCUUCCAGCCCGUCAGUGCCGGGGUCCCGUGGCUUCCCAGCGGCUGCUUGAUUGGGAUUCCUGCAAACUAUAACGGUACAAUGGAGGACGGCGCGGGGGUCACCGACCGGCUGCUGGUGAUUAACGGGGAGGAGGUGGACUGGGCCAGCGAGCUCGGCCGCAGGUUACGGGACUCCCUCACCUUUUCAGCAAACGCACAAAAAUUCUCCUUGGCUCGGGAAGCCAUUCAUGCACAGACUAGUGGCCCUAUCCUCCAGGCGUGUGUGGCCCCGCUCUGCCUGACCAGCGUCUGUGUCUCCAGUGUGGCCCUCAAGCAGCUCCUGGGGCUGUACUCCGGGCCCAUCUUACUGAGGGGCGUCUUCAAUGCCCUGGCCGUCCUCCUGGGGUCUACAGGCUACUUCUUGUGCUCUGAUGCCGUCAGUCAGUGGUCGGACUACAGGUCGGACCGGCGAGCCGCCGCCGUCUCCAAGGCCUAUGCCCGGGGAGGGCUGGAGUUCUACGAGAAGAUACUGACACGCAACAGGCUGCUGCGGGGGCUUAUGGGUGAGCAGGGGGGCACCAUGUACGCACCCAGCGGGAACGUGUUCCCCAAACAUAAACUGAGGAUGAAGCACGCCCCAUACACGUCCCGGAGAGACCGGAUCCUGCGCGCCCUGGAAAAGCAGCAAGACUGAUCAGGAAUGGCGGGGAACCUCACCCAGUGGUCAGUGGACCCCAGACCACGAGCGCAUAGUAUGUAACUGGGUCCACUGCGUCUAUAGGGCGACUACCUGUCCUGCCCCCAGGAUCCUCCCCGGCUGGGCUGCAGGGGCCCUAGAAACCCCGGAGUCGUCAGUCAGUGAAGUCGCACCUGCUCUGCUUGCUGCCAGUGAAUAGAACCCCCUUAUAAUGGAUGUUUCAGCUGGCUCCACUAUCUCGGGAGAUUUCUCUCAGUUGCUCCAGAUCCUGUUACAGCGCAGCUUGUUACUAAGGAGCAAAC